AUGGCAUCGCGAAAUGGCCCAACCGCGCCCACCCCGCGGAAGCUGGUGACGUAUGGCAAGCCCUCGCGCAAGAGGCAUAUGCAGAGUGCGAUGCCGCUGCGAACUGCCGAAUCGUACACGACAUCAUCAAGCCACGUCGAGCCCGCCGAACCUGUCGCAAAACCAUCGGCGCCCUCGCUCCCAAGAUCAACAUCGGAUCCAUCCCCGAGACUCCAUGUUAACAGUCGACCGAGCGCGCCCGGUGGGUCAAGCCGCGCGAAAGCCGGGGAAGGACAGAAGACGGAGUCGCGAGAUGCGACAGACUCGAAGAAGCGAAAGCGCCUUCAAGCUGCGCUUGCAGAGUCGAUGGAUGAUGACGGAGCCCCUUCACCACAGAAGCAACCAAAGCCUACGAAGACGCUUCCACGACAUCCGCCAGCCGCAACGUCCCAGAACGAUGCCAAGAUCCCUGAUCUCCCUCGUCGCGAACCCUUGAUGAAAAAGAGCCCUAAAGACGCAGGCGCUCGUUCCCGCCUUCUACCUCGAAGCAAGUCUGAUAUAUCAGCAACUAAAUCCAGCCUCGGACCGACGCCGAUUCCCAAGAGCCGCGAGCCGGAAACGACGAGGCCUAAGAAGCGACGUCCACGAUUGAUUGAUGCGCUCGCCGCCCAGCGACAGGAUAGCCCAGAUUCCGACGAUUCAGCCCCAGAAGUCGAUCAUCACAGCCCGCCAUCGCCCGUAUACAGCGGGGCGGCAACGCCUUCGCAGCAAUCACAAGACAACUCUCAAACCAACUCCCAAUACAAUUCUCAAGAUGCGACCAUUCGGCCGAGAGCUCGCCCUGCGGGUGUUCAAGGGAGACGAAUAAAGUAUACCUAUGGACAAUCUCGAUCGAUUCUAAGCGAGUCCUCGAAACUCAGCGAGCCUGGAAUGGGGGCAGGCAUGGCUACCACAGAGGAAGAGUUGGACGCGCUGCUCGCUUCACCACCCCCACCACCAAUAAACCCGGACCCCUUUGAUAUGAGCGAUGUCGACCUGGAUGACGACGGAGAUGUGCGUCCCGCAAUCAAGAGCGUACACGAGUUGCGGCGGGCGGGAGCGAACAAUCGAUUCGCCGACGAGAUGGAGGAUCUGCUCGCGCGGAUAGGAACCCCUAGCAGUUCUCCCUCAACCAUGAGGAGGAAUGCGUUACUGGAGCUUGCACAGAAACUACAGCACAAGGACUUUAUCGGCCAGUUCCGCGACCAUGCCACCCGCGAUAAAAUUGCUACCAACAUCGGUCAAGAAGAAGAUGUGGUCAGCGGGUUUGCUCUGACGGCCGUCCUCGUCACGUUUCUAAACUUCACCGAUGCGGCGCAUCUCCUGCGCCAGCUGGUAGAUGACGGUCUAGGCAAGUUGCUCGGUGUCCUUUUGCAUGCAUCCGAGGACAUUGAUGAGAUUGUACAACGAAAAAUGAGACUUUCCAAGAUGAGCAGGGCUUCUGUCAGCCAAGUCAAGACGCUUCUCAUGAAGAUGGAUAUUUGGCAAGGACGUCACCUUCAGGAGCUAUCACCCCAGACGCUUGCUCUGCAGUUGCUGAACAUAGUAUGUCAGCGCACCGACCCUCUGCAGUCUUCAGGGGUCAUCAGAGACAUUGAAAGCGAUCUCACUGUCAUUAUGGAACGUUGCACAACUGUAGACCCGAGCACCAACGCGGUGUUUGCUCUUGUGGUCUCAAUUUUGGAGACACAAUCAAGCCAAGCUGUGGGCGAUGAAGAGGAGGUCUCAUGGGUAUCUCAGCAGACAUCUAAGGUUGCCUGCUUCCUCAACAACAGUCUGCGGCAGUGGCCAGAAAAGCCUGGCACUGUCGAGACUACAACACUCAAACUCGCGAUCAACAUGUCAAACACAUCACAUGGAGCAGCAGCUUUCAACGACGAGGUUUUACUGGCGAGACUUGCCAGCUGCAUGCGUGCAGGGUUCAAAUCAGCGCUGGAUGCGUUGAGCAACAAACGCCUACGAGGGGAAACUUAUGAUGGACUCCUCCUAGUGCUUGGUGUGGCAAUCAACAUCCUGGAGCAUUGCCCGCCUGCUCGCGCUAACAUCGCCGGUGAGCCAUUGGACGGCCUGGUGACCUUGUACCUACAAAACCAGGCCUCGAUGAGUGAGUCACAACUUACGGUGGCCUUUGGGUACCUCGCGGUGCUGCUGGGUUAUCUGUCGCUGAUAGACUCAGCACGACAACGGUUCGCAGAGCAGGCGGGAAGUGGAGGGAUCUCGAGCCUCAUUGGAUCGAUCCAGGAGUUCAUCGGAAUGUAUAGGUCCGUGGACAACAAGGUGACAGAGCUCGAGGGGCUUGUCAAUGACCUCCAAAUCCGACAGCGGAUGAAAUAG